AUGUAAACACUGGAGGCUGUCAAGAGGCAACUCUAGAUCUUGGGACCAGAACCCUAUGAUAGAAGGGUACAGGUGAAGUUUGGACCACAUAAUAAGAAAGGAAACUCACAGUUAGUUAAAUCUCAUUACAUUCACAGUGAGACAACGCGUCUGAAUAAAGGAUUUGGUAAAAAAGAUGGAUGCUGAGGAAUCGUUCAAGGUGGAAUGUAGCGACGAAGAAGUACAGAAAGAAUUGACGAAUGGAGUGUUUAUUGAACCAAGCGCCACAGAAAUUGUACGCUUAUAUGAAGCCCUAGCCAAGGAUGGGUCAUUGCCCAUAAAAUGGAACUGGGAACUAGGGAGACGGCCCCUUACUCCCUCACAAGAUGAUUCUGAAAGUGACAGAGAAGAGGAGGCAGAAAAAAUUGACACAUCAGGAUUCGAUUUCGACGAUGAACCAGCAACAGUGCGUCUAACCCCUCGACGCACACCUGGCAGUGUUGGCCCAAAAGGCAGUGCCAAGAAAAAGACGACCAAUUUUGAAAAUGUGUUAGCCAGUGUGAGAAGACAGAAGAAACUUGAACUUAGGGAGAAAACGAGAUUCAGAAAAGAGAAGAAAUAGAAAUAAAGAAAACUUAUUUUAUUGUGAUUUUUUUUUUUUUACUCAAAACUUUUGAUAAGUGUAACUGCAUUGUAAAAAAAGGAAAAAAAAAAUAAAUACUAAAAAUGUCAACAUCAGUAUGGUAAAUGUGUUGAUGUAUUGAUAUUCAAAAUGCAAAUUAAAGACUGUUGUUGAAAGAAUCUGAAAAUUUUUAAAAUGGUAUGGAUGGUGAAUUAUUGUGGAAGUACCUGGUAAUUUUUUACUAUAAUUACAGAUUUUGUAAUUUGAUUCCAUGUACAGGUAAUCAUAGUUUAUGUACCUAUGACUUGUACUAUGAAAAAAAAGGUAAUAAAACAUAUUAUGUAAUUGAAA